AUGAAUCAUCGAGUCGGACAACUACGCCGCCUGGUGUUUGUCUUGGUAGGGCUGCUGGGUUGGGUGAUCGUUCCGCCCAAUACGGCGGACGCCAAAGCACGGAACGUCCUGUUCAUCGCCGUCGAUGACAUGCGGGUGGAGUUGGGGUGCUACGGCGAUACGAUUGCCAAAAGCCCCAACAUCGACCGGCUUGCGAGCCAGGGAACAUUGUUCCAGCGGGCCUAUUGUCAGCAGGCGGUAUGCAACCCCUCCCGGGCAUCGCUGCUCACCGGGUUGCGUCCCGACACCAUUCGCAUUUGGGAUCUACCGACUCACUUCCGCGAGCACGAACCCGAGCUGGUCACCCUUCCCCAACUGUUCAAACAGAACGGUUACCAUGCCCAAUGCGUGGGGAAGAUCUUCCACAAUUGGCGGCAAGACGAUUACCAGGGCGACCCCACCUCUUGGAGCGUGCCCUCGCAGAUGCACUACAACAGCCACGGGAACGACACCCCGCAGGUCGAGGGCAAGGCUCCGACAGAUUACUCCGGCGUGCCGCGAACCGAGAUGUGCGACGUGCCGGACGAAGCGUACUUCGAUGGCCGUAUUGCCCAAUUGGCGAUCGACGCUUUGCAGCAGGUGCAGGACCAACCGUUCUUCCUGGCCGUCGGUUUUUGGAAACCACACGCUCCGUUCAACCCGCCGAAACGUUACUGGGAUCUUUACGAUCGCUCCGACGUACAGCCGCCCGAGCCGGCGGAGGCACCCGCCGAUGUUCCACCGCUGGCGAUGCACGAUAGCCGCGAAAUCCGCCGGGGCUUCAAAGACCGACCCGACGGUCGGCCAACUGUGGAAGACACACUCGCCCUGCGGCACGGAUACUACGCGGCGAUCAGCUAUGUUGAUGCCCAGAUUGGGAAAGUGCUCGACGAGCUGGAGCGGUUAGGGCUGCGCGACGACACGAUUGUCGUCUUCUGGUCCGAUCAUGGCUUUCACUUGGGCGAACAUACGCUGUGGGCCAAGACGUCAAACUUCGAACUCGACGCUCGCGUGCCAGUGAUCAUCGCCACGCCGGAACAUACCGGCGGGCAACGGGCCGAGGGGUUAGUCGAACUGCUCGAUCUUUACCCGACGUUAGCCGAUCUGUGCGACCUGCAGGCGCCUGAGAACCUGGAAGGGAAGAGCCUGCGUCCGCUGUUGGACGAACCCGGCGGGACAGUGAAGGACGCCGUAUUCACGCAGCACACCCGGCCGGCUUAUCCUUCGACGAAGGAGCCGUUGGUGGCGAUGGGCUAUUCGAUGCGCACCGACCAGUUUCGCUACACCGAGUGGUGCAGUGUGGAGGACGGGCACGUGAUGGCCCGGGAGUUGUACGAUCACGAAGAGGACCCGCUGGAGACGGCGAACCGCGCCGACGAUUCGCGAUACGCCGACACGAUGAAAAGCCUGGCCGCUCAAAUGGCGGCCACCAUCACCCGGCCCGAGUUCACGUACGGACAGACGAAGAUGAUUCCAAUUGAGGAAGCCCUACGGCUGAUUGAGCAGCACGCGAAGCCCUUGGCGGCGAUCGAUGUGGCGGCCGUCGAUGCAUUGGGGAUGACGUUGGCUGAAGAUGUGGCCAGCGAUAUCGAUUCUCCGCCAUACGACAAGGCCCUGGUCGAUGGUUACGCGGUGGUGGCCGACGACGUGAAGUCCGGCACCGCGCGGUUGAAAAUUCUGGAGGAAGUGACCGCCGGGCGAAUGCCAACCCAGCCGCUCGCCUCGGGGCUGGCGACACGAAUUAUGACCGGUGCGCCAUUGCCUGACGGGUGCGAUGCGGCGGUGAUGGUUGAGACGACCGAAGUUGAGUCCGACGCCAAAGGCGGGUUGGGACAUGUCGUCAUUCAAGGCAAGCCGAUCAAACCCGGCGUGAAUGUGAUGUCCCGAGCCCAGGCCAUGCAGCGGGGGCAGAAAGUGUUGCAGGCCGGUUCGCUCAUUCGGCCGGUGGAAGUCGGGCUGCUGGCUGAAGUUGGCCGCGUGCGCGUGAAAGCCAUCGCGCGUCCACGGGUGGCGGUGCUCUCGACCGGCGAUGAAGUGGUGCCCGCGGAGACCACCCCCCAAGCCGCGCAGAUUCGCAACAGCAACGGCCCUUUGCUGGCUUCGUUUGUGGUCAGUUGUGGCGCGGUGCCGAUUGAACUGGGGAUCGCCCCGGAUGAAAUCGGUUCGUUACGCGCAGCCAUUCAGCGUGGAUUGGAAGCCGACAUGCUGGUGCUCUCCGGCGGCGUUUCGGCCGGAGUGCUCGACCUGGUGCCGCAGGUGCUGAGCGAGUUGGGCGUUCAGCAGGUGUUUCACAAGGUGCAGCUCAAGCCCGGCAAGCCGGUGUGGUUUGGCACAAAGACAGGCGAAAACGCCGACACGUUGGUGUUCGGUUUGCCCGGCAACCCGGUCGGUGCGUUGGUGGCCGGCAUGUUGCUGGUCCGCCCCGCACUGCGGCACAUGCUGGGACAACCCUUUGCCGCCACGCCCACCUUCGGGGCCGUGCUCUCCACCGCCUUCAAACACAAAGGCGGACGCCCCACCUACCAUCCCUCAGUCGUCAAAAGCGAUGGAACUGAAGUCACCGUCGAGCCCCUCACCUGGCACGGCUCCGCCGAUCUCUGCACUUUGUCGAGAGCCAACGCACUGGUGCACUUCCCCGCCGAACAGUUGGAGUUCGCAGCCGGCGAGCUGGUGGAAGCGGUGGAGUUGUAA